AUGAUCCUAGAUGAGCCGACCAACUUCCUCGAUCUGCUAGGAGUAGUGUGGCUGGAGAAUUACCUGAAACAACUCCGCGACACAUCAGAAACAACCAUCGUCUUGGUUUCACACGACAGAGAUUUCAUCAAUGCUGUCUGCGAGGAGAUUGUCAUUCUGCGAGAUCAGAAAUUGACAUAUUUCCGAGGGAACCUGUCUGCAUACGAGCAAGAUUUCGAGGAACAGAAGCUCUACCUGGGGCGCAUGAAGGAGGCUCAAGAACGGCAGGUUGCGCAUAUGGAAGCUAGUAUCCGGGAGAAUAUGAAAAUUGGAAAGAAGACCAAUGACGAAAAUAAGCUGCGACAAGCCAAGUCGCGGCAGAAAAAGGUCGAUGAUCGGAUGGGUCUUCAAGUCAGCGCAAACGGGGGACGUUUCAAGCUGAACCGAGAUCUAGUCGGAUGGCAUCUCCACAAUCGGGCUGAGAUCGACGUUCCGACAGAUGAAAAGGGCGCGACUAUGAGCUUGCCCGAUGCGACGGAGUUGCGGUUCCCUGGGCCGCUGGUAUCGCUUGAGGGUAUUGUCUUCCAGUACAAGAAAACCGACCGCGUCAUCCUAGAUGACGUGAACUUGGUUGUUCACCUGGGUGAUCGUGUCGGAAUUCUGGGUCUCAAUGGAUCGGGGAAAACAACGCUGCUCCGUGUUUUGACGGGACAGGUGUCUCCUUCCAAGGGCAAGGUGUCGACUCACUCCCGGUUGAAAGUUGGCUACUAUAGCCAACACUCCGUUGAAGAGCUGCAAGAACGCGGCCGAGGGGAGCCUAGCUUAACUGCGCUGGGUUUGUUGACGAUUGAGACUGAAGGAUCGCUGAACGAGGGCGCUAUCAGAGGUCUACUGUCUUCAAUGGGGUUAGCAGGUCGUAUUGCAUCUGAUGUCCCUGUGGCCAAGCUGUCAGGUGGACAACUGGUCCGCCUUGCAUUAGCUCGAAUCGUCUGGAGUGCACCACAACUUCUGAUUCUUGAUGAAAUCACCACACAUCUGGAUUUCCACACUGUCACUGCAUUAGCUACGGCUCUCUCCUCCUUCAAUGGCGCCGUGCUACUAAUUUCACACGAUCGUUUCCUCGUUCGAUCUGUAAUUGAGGGCAAGCGAGAUACCGAGCACAAGCUUGAUGAAGAUUUCGAAGGGCUGGAGGAGGAAGAGACCGAAGAAACGCCGAGGCGCCGGUCGAUCUAUGUGAUUAAACAAGGCAAGAUGAACGAACAGAAGAAUGGGGUGGAGCAGUUCGAAAAGAGCCUGGUGAAGAGGGUACAGAAGUUGUUAGCGACUAUAGUUUAG